CAUCAUCAUCUUUUUAAAAGACAUAAUUUCGCAUGUUGAUCUGAAACCCCCACAAUAAACGAGGAAUAUGAACAGGAAAACCAGGCGCUGGAUAUUCCACAUCUUUCUGAGUCUAGGGAUCGUCUAUAUCAAAAUUGGGGGUUUUUCCUCGGUCGUGGCUCUGGGAGCCAGCAUCAUCUGUAACAAGAUCCCGGGCUUAGCUCCUAGACAGAGGGCGAUCUGUCAGAGCAGACCCGAUGCCAUCAUCGUCAUCGGAGAAGGCUCUCAAAUGGGAAUCAACGAGUGUCAAUUUCAGUUCCGCAAUGGGCGGUGGAAUUGCUCCGCCUUGGGAGAGAGGACGGUCUUUGGAAAAGAGCUGAAAGUGGGUAGCAGAGAAGCAGCAUUCACCUAUGCCAUCAUUGCUGCGGGAGUAGCGCACGCAAUCACUGCCGCCUGCACCCAGGGCAACCUCAGCGACUGCGGCUGUGACAAGGAAAAACAGGGACAGUACCACAAAGACGAAGGAUGGAAAUGGGGAGGCUGCUCUGCAGACAUCCGAUACGGAAUAGGAUUCGCCAAAGUGUUUGUGGAUGCAAGGGAGAUUAAGCAGAAUGCAAGGACGCUCAUGAAUUUGCACAACAACGAGGCAGGGCGAAAGAUCCUUGAAGAGAACAUGAAGUUGGAAUGCAAAUGCCACGGGGUGUCAGGAUCGUGUACUACUAAAACCUGCUGGACAACUCUUCCGAAAUUCAGGGAGCUGGGCUACAUCCUUAAGGACAAAUACAAUGAAGCCGUUCAGGUUGAACCAGUGAGGGCGAGUCGUAAUAAGCGUCCAACAUUUCUUAAGAUAAAGAAACCACUCUCCUACCGCAAACCCAUGGAUACAGAUUUAGUGUACAUAGAAAAAUCACCAAACUACUGUGAAGAGGACCCUGUCACUGGCAGUGUGGGAACGCAGGGCCGAAUGUGCAACAAAACAGCCCAGCAGACCAACGGCUGCGACCUGAUGUGUUGUGGACGAGGUUAUAAUACUCACCAAUAUUCAAGAGUGUGGCAAUGCAACUGUAAAUUUCAUUGGUGCUGUUAUGUUAAAUGUAAUACCUGCAGUGAACGAACAGAAGUGUACACCUGUAAAUGAAAGGGUGGCUUGGGAGGGGGAACCAACGGCCCUGGAAUAAACACAUGUUUUUUGCACAUAAGCUCAGUGUACCUACACAAGACUGUAGCAAAUGCCAGCCCUGUUUCAAAAAGAGAAGCCAGCAAAUGGAUCCCAUCUUUCCCUCUGAUCAUAUCUGUGGUUAUGUGGAUUUACCUAUCACAGACUUAGAGGGAUAGCCCAAAAUCAAAACAAAACCCUACAACAGAAUUUUU